AUGCAUUUCUUAUCUGUCUUCAUACCACUGUCACACCUUCUUAUUACGAGUUGGGCUCAAUCAGAACAUUCAAUAACUUCUACGGGGAAACUUCGAGCGUAUGAUCAAUAUAAUAUAAUUAGGUUUCAUUCCAAUAACAUUACACAUGUUUUAAAAGAUGUUAUACAACCGAUGACUAAUGAUUAUGAUAUUUGGACACGAAAUACUGAAUUUAUUGAUAUCAAACUAUUGAAAACUAUCAAAAUUCCAAACUCAAAUGAAUAUUCUCAUGAAAUUAUAAUAAAUGAUAUAAAUUCUCUUAUUGAAGAAACUUAUGACAGUAGUUUGGGAAAUAAUGAUCAAGAAAACAUAUUUGAUGUUUCUUUGAAAAUGAACAAUAAUAAUAAUGAUUUUUUCUACUUUAAACAAUAUCAUCCAUUGCAAAGUAUUUAUUUAUGGUUGGAUUUAAUGAAAUCAACAUUCCCCAAUCUAGUCACCAUUGAAAACAUUGGGACCACAUUUGAAAAUGAACCAUUAAAAGUAGUUCACAUCUCAUCCAAUAAUUCUUCCAUGAAUCCAAAAAAUAAGACUAUCUUAAUUACAGGUGGUAUCCACGCAAGAGAAUGGAUCAGUAUAUCUACUACAUUAUUUACCAUCUAUCAACUAUUAACUAAAUAUGGGGCCUCCAAAAGAGAAACAAAAUAUAUUGAUUCAUUAAAUUUUUUGAUCAUACCAAUAUUCAACCCUGAUGGUUAUAAAUAUACAUGGACCAAUGAUAGACUUUGGAGGAAAAAUAGACAAGAAACGUAUAUGUCUAAUUGUCAAGGAAUCGAUCUCGAUCAUUCAUUCGGUUAUAAAUGGGAUAAUAAUUUUGAAUUCCCAUGCUCUGAGGAAUAUUCAGGUCAAUACCCAAUGGAAGCUCUUGAAGUUAAACAUUGGGAUACAUUUAUUAAUGAUAUUACCACACGGGGUGUACAUAUUUAUGGGUUUUUAGAUUUACAUUCAUAUUCACAAGAUAUAAUAUAUCCAUAUGCAUAUUCUUGUGAUGAAUUACCAAGAGAUUAUGAAAAUUUAUUGGAACUAUCAUAUGGAUUAUCAAAGGCAAUUAGGAAUAAGUCCGGUAAGAAUUAUAAAGUUGUUGCUGCUUGUAAGGAUCGGGGAUCAGAUUUGAAUCCAAAAUUGGGAUCAGGAACUGCUUUGGAUUAUAUGUAUCAUAAUAAAGCUUAUUGGGCUUUCCAAUUGAAAUUAAGAGAUACGGGGAAUCAUGGUUUUUUAUUACCACCAAAAUAUAUUCUUCCAGUAGCUAAGGAAACUUAUGCUGCUAUUAAAUAUUUCUGUGAUUUUAUUUUGAAUCCAGAAAUAUGA